AUGAUAAAAACAAAAAGCCAUAUGUUAGUAUCACCAGAUGAGAUAGCCACAAUAGGAAAAGUGUUAUCGAAAUAUGGCGUCUCAAUAGCAAAAUACAACAAAAUGUUCAGUCAACAAGUUGCAUUUUCAAGUGAAGAUAUGAAUGUUGAAGAGAUCGUGGAAGAAAGACCACAACAGACAGCAGCAACAACAGAAUCGCAAACUACGCGGCAAUCGCUGUGUCGUAACCUGUCGAGAUCAGUGGAUCUCCCAGAAAUGCAAUUUUCACCACUGCGAUAUUCGUCGAAAAAUAGAAAGGCGCUAGUAGCACCACUAACAUCACCAAAACUUGUCACUAUGUUUUCGCAACCAGGAAAGCGACCUGCACCAAUAGCGGCAGAAGUUCCAAAUGACAGAAAACAUUACGGGCAAUAUACCCAUACCUCUCGACGAGGAGUCAAAUCCCCAGGGCUUUUGCGCGAGAAAAAUAAAUUGACUAAUCGGUGUGACACGACAUUUGCGCGAACAGGACAUCGACUCUUCCACGACUUUUCAUAG